AUGAAUAGAAAUUAUGAUACUCACCCAUUGAAUAGCCAUAAACUUUGUGAAUUCUCUGAAGAAUUAAAUGGUGUUAUAAAUAAAGUGAGAUGGCUUGGAGAACAUUCAUUUUUGAUAUCUUCCUUCCUGGAAUCCAAGUUUUUCGAAUAUGAUUGUUCCAUUUUCAGCCAUAUUCCAUUUUCCCCUUAAAAAUCAAUUCAUUUGUAGAAUUAUCAUUAUUUUUCUCAAACUAACCAGCAUUUCCCGGAUUGAAAGAUCACAUCCAUAUAAUUUUCUAACUCUUUAUAGUUAAAAUCGAGAUUCGGCAUCUUCUUUGAAUGAUGAACUGUAAUAAUAAUGUGAGGUCUUGAGGAUUUUAUAAUAUCUUCGUCUCACAAACCACGUCAAAUGCUCACGUGAAAUUAUUAUUAUUAUUUAAUAAGGAAAAAAUACUUUAGAUUAGCAACCUAGGUACUGUAGAAUGGAAACCCGACUACUGUAGAUUGACAACCAUGGUUCGAAAAUCACUGGAUGUUUAAUUUACAUUACCCAGAAGUCAUUUACAUAAUUUGUGGAUGAUCUAGACUAAUGCUGACUUAUUUUUUUCGAUUGAACUCACAUCACUCGGAAUCCAACCAUUUUUCCGAAUUAAUAAAAAUUGAAAUGUUUCAUUUUUGUUGGAUUUUUUACGUAAACGUGCCAACAAAUGAUUAAAUGUCACAAUUUUUAUUUUUUUUUUAGGUCAAGCUCAAUUGAAUUUUAAAAAGAUAUUAAAGCAGAAUACUGUAGAUGAGCAACCCAGGUACUGUAGAAUGGCAACCCGUCCACUGUAGACCCUGGGUUAUCAAUCUAUAGUAGUCGGGUUGCCAAUCUACAGUAACUGGGUUGCUAAUCUACAGUACCUGGAUUGAUGAUCUACGGUAAUCGGGUUGCGCGUCCACAGUUUUUUUUUUGGUGAGAGGUGGUCAUAUAUAAUAAUGGGUGGGUGCAUUUAAUCAAAAAUGACACGAAGAUAUUCAUUGCUUUUUAGGGAAAAUUUUAGAUUCGGCGGGUUUCAGUUGGCCGCAAGCUUCCAAAGUUACCCUAACAUUUUGAAUAAUUAAAGUAACUUUGCUGCUGUUUUUCUCUCUACUCUCUCAUAUUCCCCUUCUCUCUCUCACAGGUUGCUCAUAUUCCAAUUUGUGUUGAAAGUGUCCAUCGUCCAAUUACUUGUAUUCCAUUCUACAAUCAUGGCUCAUAUCAUCGUGGAACCGAAAUCUGGUUUCCCCAAAAUAUGACAUCUGAUGACACUUAUCAAAUUUGUAGAGGUUUUCCCAAAAAUGAGGAUAUACAGUGCAGGUUUCUUUACUUCUAUUUGAAAGAAUAGUUUGAAAUUGAGAAUUUUUCAGCAAUUCCGAUCGAUAUUAUGAUAUUUUCGACCAUCUUUUCUAUUUUGGCCAUCAUGUUUCGGAUUACGGUGUAAAUAAUUGUACAGAUCCCGUUGAUUUUUAA